AUGGGCAAAUACAUUCGAAAACCCAAAACUUCCGGUGACGUUGCCGUUAAGGAUGCCUCUCAAUCCUACCUUGGCGUUCGUACCCGUGCCAAAACCCUAGCCCUGCAGCGCCUCCGGUCCUCCGCCGAUGCCUCUCCGCCUCCCAAGACGGAUUACCUCCAGCUGCGCUCUAGGCGCCUCCAGAAACCACCGCUCCUCCGCAAGAAUUUCCCGAAUUCUGGAAAAGCCCCUGCCCCUGCUGCUGCUGCUGAUGGAAAAUUUGGGAAUUCGGCCGAGGAACCUUCUUCUGAACCGGCUGCUCUUCCAGUUCCGCCCGGCGGAGGAGAAGAUGGACGCUUUGGGAGGGUUAACGGCGGGGGUUCUGAUAAUAAUGAUUCAGAAAUUAAGGCGUCUGUAGGAGAUAAUAAUUUGGAAUUUGAAGCUAGGGAUAGGUGUUUGUUAAAUGAGGCUCUCGAUUUUUUCGAGCAUGAGGUUCAUGAGACGCUCGACCUCGUGGGGCCGCCGCUUGAAGUUGUUGAUGUUGAAAGCGUAGAUGGUGAUGUGGCGCACGCCGAGCUGGUAGCAAUACAUGAGGAGGGCCAUGAGGGACAGAAAUCCUUCCCGAUGGCCCAUGCCCUCGUCAAGGCCACGUGUGCGCUCGUAACGACGGUUUCCAUCAAGUAUAAAGGCCAUGUGAUCGGGGACGGGGCCCACUGA